UUUCAGAUUUUCUCUUGUUUCUCUCUCUACCCAGUUACACACACAGUGCCUACUGUUUUUUCUGGUUAAAAAGGAAAAAUGGAGGCCGGAGCACAUCUUUCCCGCGCGUGCUCUCCGCUCUCAAUUUCGCAUUACAGAAACACAAUUUCGCUUUCAACACAUUGCCCACUCUCAGCAAGAGCGGCGGUGGAGCACAACAAUGAAAGAAACUCAAGAAACAACCCCGCCAAAACUUCAACUACUAGAACUAAAACAGGUCAUGUACAGACAUCCACUACCGUAACUAGAACAGGGCAUCUUAACGCCGCAAGCAAUAGACCGAAGCUGAAUUCGGAAAUAUCGCCUCAUAGAGCCGUCUCUGCUGUGAGAUUGAUGCGAAUUGAGCUCGGUGGCGCAUUUGCCGACCUGUUGAACGAGCAAGGCAAGGGUUCGGGUGAUAAUGAGAUGGGAUAUGUCGAGAGAACUAUCGGUUUCCGUACGCGUAAAUUGGAUGAUAGGGAUCUUCGACUGGUAACAGAAAUUGUGGGGGGUACCACUCGUUGGAGAAGAUAUCUUGAUCAUUUGAUCCUCUCACUUUGUCACGACGAGAGCACGUUCAGAAAUAUGGAGCCUCUUCUAUUGCAGAUUCUUCGAAUUGGUUUUUACGAGAUUGUCAAGCUUGAAAUGCCUGCAUAUGCAGUUGUUGAUGAGAACGUAAAGCUUGCAAAAGCUGCGCUAAGACUUGGUGCUGGUAAUAUGGUUAAUGCGCUUUUGAGGAAGCUAGUGGUGCUUAAGGAAAGCAAUUCGCUCCCUGUACCAAAAGUCGGGGGUGAUAACAGGCAGCAAGCACGUGCUCUAGCCAUUAUCCAUUCUCAUCCUGUUUGGAUGGUGAGACGGUGGAUUAGUUACAUUGGUUAUGAAGAAGCUAUCAAGUUAAUGACAUGGAAUAACACCGAUCCUUGUUUCAGCAUCAGAGCUAACAUAGGUAAAGGAUUCACACGGGCAGAUCUAGUUACAGAACUCGAAACGUUAAAGGUUCCGUACGAACUCUCUGAGCACUUGGAUGAUUUUGUUCGAAUAAGAACGGGGAUGCAGGUAAAAAACAUUUCUUUGCACUACGAUUUUUGUGCAACUCAUUCGUUUAAGAUAGUGGAUCCAAAGCCUGGGGAAAGCAUUAUCGACUGUUGUGCUGCACCAGGUGGAAAGACUCUUUUUAUGGCUUCAUGUCUUAAUGGUCAAGGUAGCAUAUGUGCAAUUGACAUAAACAAAGGUCGACUGAGAAUCCUCGAAGAGACAGCCAAGAAACACGAAGUCGAUCACAUUGUCACUACUCUUAACGCUGAUCUGUGUGCAUUGGUGAACGAUGAUGACAUGAAGGCUGAUAAAGUUUUGCUGGAUGCUCCUUGUUCCGGAUUGGGUGUUCUGUCUAAGAGAGCAUAUUUACGUUGGAAUAGAAGAUCGGAAGACAUGGAACAACUUACGAAUUUGCAAGAUGCCCUUCUCGAUUCAGCUUCAACAUUGGUAAAGCCAGGUGGAGUUCUGGUAUAUAGCACGUGCUCAAUUGAUCCUCAAGAAAAUGAAGAAAGAAUAGCUGCUUUUCUUCUAAGACAUCAAGAAUACCGUGUAGAUUCUGUAGACAAAUACGUAUCUUCGAGCUUUGUUACUGUAGGUGGAUUCUAUAGCUCUAAUCCCGUAAAACACUCACUUGAUGGAGCCUUUGCCGCUCGUCUUUUACGAUCUAGUUGACUUUUUACAAGUAAGUAGACUUUGUCCUAAGAUGAAUAAUUAUCAUUUUACACAUGCUUUUUACGAAUGCAGUUU